AUGUCCCCGCAACCGCUCUCGGAAAGAGGAAUGAAACGCGUGAAUUUCUCCCCACUCACGAGCUAUAUCAGGACGCCGGACAUUUCCUCCUCGCUCGCGAAGACGCGGUGUCACUUACGAAGCCUACGUCCUUCCAAACAAUGUAAACCGGCAAAGUCCAUCCUCAAAACCAGCGCUAGCGUUGAGCCGUCGGACGAGCCGAGAUCCAGCCCGACGGACGAUUUACCUGGAAUGGUGGAUUCAAUAUUGCAUCAGCUCGCAGGAGAUUGCCGUGUUUCUAGGACUGAUGCAUACAUGCAACUGCUAGGGAGUCUCGCAACGUAUUCAGAUUUACCGGAAACUGAGGUAUUGGCGGGUAAAAUGGAUCUGUUAACUCAGUAUAUCCGUCGCGAUGUCACCGCUGGAUCAUCGAAUACAUUCCAACCUUUCGAAGUAUCUCUUGCUCACCAAGCAUCGAAUCUCUUAUGCUGGCUUAUUUGGAAACCAGAAUUCACACGCUAUAUUUCUGACGAGUUCAAAAGCUUCGUCCUCGAUCUCGCCAUUGGAUCCCUUCAAGACCCGUCGACGCCGAAAACCAUUGUCAUUGAUGACUUGCGAAUACUGUCUGUUCAAACCUUUCAUCCGAAAAUCCUUACGUCUGGAAAAGUUACGCUCCUUUUACAAACUCUAAAGGACAUCACCUCCCGAUUUAAUGGCAAGUCCGUAAUUGCUAUCCGGUUAGCUAUCUAUGAUAAGCUGUUGAAGCAAGCACCUUCCGUUCUUGCACCCCAUGCAAACUUAUGGAUGGACCACCUUAUACAAGGAAUGGUGAACAAAGUGAAAGAUAUCCGCUCUCGGGCAUUAACACUCGGUUUCGAAAUCUCCAAAAGAUUAGGCGUGAACUCAUCAAUAUCGAAGGCUAUCCACAAUAUUUUCGACCUGACAAUCGAAAGUGGAGCCAAAUAUAUUGAUGAACUCUGCGCUAGAUUAACAGCGAUGGUGACGAAUAGGGACGGAAGUGUUUUUGUACCUCAGAUCUGGAGUGUUAUUGUCCUGCUUCUCCGCAAACCGCGAUAUGCUUUGAACGCAUGGUCUCAUUUCAAGCAAUGGAUUCUAGUGAUCCAGAAGUGCUUUAAUUGCAGUGACUGUGCAACAAAGAUACAAGCUUUCGUUGCAUGGGACUGUUUGGUAUAUGCGAUCCAAACAAGCGACCCUUGGAAAGAUAUGACUUCAUUUUUGUCUAAGCCCAUCUUUUUACAGCUUGAGCGAAGAAGAGAUGAGAGCUCUACCCCCCUCGUCGACCGCGCGGUUUCUAGCUAUUGCAAUCUGCUCUACUAUUCCUUCCGGCCAUCCACCCCAUAUGAGCGGCUAGAUUCAUAUUGGAAUGAAUACAUAUGCUUACCAUUUCAGCAGCGAUUGGGCUCGAACGGGAGCAACCAGAGAAUCGCAUGUACAAUUCUGGCAGAGCUACUUUGGAAUUCUCAUCCUAAGGUCUCGGGUGAAAGAAGUCCGAUUAAGGCAGAGAAGCUAAAGCCAGAUGAUUUAUUGCGAGUGGACUGCAGAUGGGUGCGGUCGAGAAUCUCUGUAAUACUUCCAGUUUUCGAAUCGUUCUUCCAGAAAGCAGAGUGGAGUAACGACGCUGUUGAGGAAUCGCCUGUUGAACUGGCAUGGACACACAUGCUGAAGUCGCUAGCCGAUGCGUCUAGCAAGGAAAUACAACCCUCUCCAGAAUCAAUGAAAGCCAUCGCCCUCCUGCUAGAUAUGCUUCAACGCGUUUGGAAAGGCAGCCCAGCAUCCUUGAAUGCGAACCCCGAAUCCAAUGGAGACCUGUUUGUUAAGCGCUUUUGCUUUUUGCUAAAGUCAAUGAUAUCGAUCAUCAAGCCACUACCCUUUACCGAUAAACUACUCCUGAAAACGAUGCAGGAAACCUUCCUGCCAGCCCAAACUCCCACCCGUCGCCAGCCCCAGAAAGAGGGUAUCAUACGGUCGCCUAUCCUUCAUUUAUUCGGCUUAAUCCUUUCCCCAAGCCAUUCACCAAUAUCCACCGAAUACCGCCACCUUAUCGCUGAACUAAUCCGGCUUGGUGUAUCCGGGCACCCAUCAAGAGGACCUCGAUUGGAUAUACUGUGUCAGUUUACGGAAAUUCUCUGCGAAACCAGAACUGGGACGAUAGAAUUCGUCCCAUCUCUAAUGCAUGAGGCUUGGAAAUCGAUCUCAUCUGCAGCAAGGGAGUGUUUAAAGGAGCGUGCCAUCGGCACACCAAGCAAGGAACGAGAUGAUACCAUUAUUAGCGAUUGUAAUAAGAUUGUUUCCAUUCUGGAAUUUGGAAGCCAAUUUCAAAACACCCUGCCUGAAUGGGUCGAGCUUUUUGACUCCAUGGUCGCGACUAUCCGUACCGAGAAAGGUGACGUCGCGGUAUCUUCUGUGCUUGAAAGGGUUUCCGAAAGCUGCAGUCGUACUUCCUCGGUUUCUGUUCAAUUGAUCACAAAGCUCCUCGAAACUAUCGUCUUUCCCAAUCACGGUAUUAAGCGCUUGCCGCAAUUCACGAAUGCCAUUCCUAGUCUUAACCAACAACCGACGAACGAAGUCUUUUGCGAAAAGUUAUUGGCUCUCGUUUGUGAUUCACUACAGCACGUUUAUGCAAAGCAGGCUGGGAUCAGCAAUACCGAUAUCCUAGCCCUGCUAGAGGCUGUCACUCGGUGUCUUGAGAAGUCCCCUCCUGACUAUCGACUACUAGUAUUAGAGAAACUCCAAAACGGUUUGGCUGUAUGGAUUUCAGAUUCGCAGGGCCAAUAUAGCGCCUCCAGUGCUGACAAACGGGUGCCAAUUGCUGUUCGGACCCUCGUGUCUACUACUCUGCGCAACCUGCGUGGGUCUGGGGACCCAAACUCAGACCUCCUGCAGCGGCUGACUGGGUUGAUAUCCUCUGGGAUUUGA